AAUAUUUCCGAUGAUGUCAUAUGGCUCCAAAAUUUUAGAAACAAGUUUUGACCUUUGACCUUUAUCUGUCUUUUAUCAUAGGUCCUCCAGUAACCGACAAAAUGGUGCGGUACGCGUUGGACCCGGAAAACCCGGCAAAAACCUGUAAGGCCAGAGGUUCUGACCUCCGUGUUCACUUCAAGAACACAAGAGAAACUGCAAAGACCAUCAAAGGAAUGCAUGUUCGCAAAGCCACCCAGUAUCUCAAGGAUGUAAUUGCGAAGAAACGCUGUGUACCAUUCCGUAGAUUCAAUGGGGCUGUUGGCAGAUGUGCUCAGGCCAAGCAAUUCAAGACAACUCAGGGACGAUGGCCCAAGAAGAGUGCUGAAUUUUUGCUGCAAAUGCUGAAGAACGCAGAAAGUAAUGCUGAGCUGAAAACUCUCGAUGUAGACUCACUGGUUAUCGAACAUAUCCAAGUUAAUGCUGCAGCUAAAAUGAGGCGACGAACAUACAGAGCCCAUGGAAGGAUAAAUCCCUACAUGAGCUCUCCCUGCCACAUCGAAAUGUUUUUGGUAGAAAGAGAACAAGUCGUACCAAAACCAGAGGAGGAAACUAAAACUAAGAAGAAGGUAUCAAAGAAAAAGAUGGCUCGUCAGAAGAUGAUGGGUGGUGGCGAAUAAUUAUGUUUGCGAACAAUAAAUGCAAAAAAUGG